CAGGCCCCACUUACAUUGACGCUUUCUUCUUCUUCUUCUUCUUCUUCAUUCUUUCAUUCUCCACUUUCCCUUCAACAUUUCUCGCACACUUUCUCUCUCCUCUUUACUUUGCAUUUCUUCACGGGAUUUUCCCUUCCUAAUUCUCAGCUUAAAUUCUGGGGCACAUACAGAAUUUAUUGGGGUUGAACUCUAGUUGACUGAUUCACGACUUCAAAUUUUCACUGCUCUACUUCGCAUCUCUUUUGUUACCUUUUUCAGUUUGGCAGCAGACGAGUUUCUCGAGAUUGAAUGUUGUAGAUGUGUCGGUUUUGUUCUGAGUCACAUGAUCAAAUGGAACCGAACGAUAAUCAGGAACAGUUGGGGCUUUCCGGGGAAGACCAUGUAACUUCCUCUACAUCACAUGCUAUGAAUCCCGAACAAGGAAGUUUACCGAAAGAUCCUUCAAGUACUCUUGAAUCACCCUUACCCGGUCCAACUAAAUCACUGACGAGCUGUGAAAGUUUUGCUUCAAUUAGCAGUGAGUAUUCCGUGGAUAACAACCCAUUUGAUGAUGGGCAUAGUAGAGAGGAUGGCAGUGGGUCGGAGAUUGUUCAAGAGGAUCCCAGAUUCAGGUUGUAUAAUGUAAAGGAAAAUCAUAAGCCAGGGCAAGAUGUAGUUAUGCUUGAAAAACUUGUCGUGGACAGUCAUGUUGAAAAUAAUGAUGAUAGUACAAACAGUGAUGAGUCUUCUGAUGAAGUAGAUGAACUAUCUCCUACCUUUUACGAACGAAAAGAGAUUUGGGAUCCUCCAGAAGCUGAGGAUAAAAACGAUGAUAUCGCGAAUAGCGUGGGUGAUGACGUGGAAGAGUAUGCUAAUCCCAAUAGCUCGGAGUUUGGAAAUCCAAGAUUGAAGGAGAUUGAGUUGGCAAGGGAAAAAGUAAAGAAUGAGAAGUUCAAAGACUUGGUAAGCCAGCUACUUAGAAAACUUGGUGUAGAAAUCUGUGAUGAAAAGGAAGAAAACUGGGUGGAUAUUGUUACAGAUUUGGCGUGGCAAGCUGCUACAUUUGUGGAGCCUGGUGUCACUGAGGGUAAAGCAAUGGAUCCAUUUGGAUAUGUGAAGAUUAAAUGCGUUGCUGCUGGAUCUCGCAGAGAAAGUCGACUAAUUGAAGGCUUGGUCUUUAAGAAGCAUGCUGCUCACAAAAACAUGAUUACCAAGUACACAAAUCCUAGAUUGUUACUUAUACAAGGAAUGCUGGGUCCGUCAUCUGUUUCAUCAGGGCUUGCGUCAUUUAGUUCAUUGAUUUCUGAGGAUAAAGUCAACUGCGAUGAACUGAUAAAGAAUUUGAAAGCAUGUCAACCAAAUGUUAUUUUGGUUGAAAAAUCUGCUUCUCGUGCUGUCAUGGAACAGAUCGUUCAAGUGGGACUGGCAGCCACCCUGGUCCUGGAUAUGAAGCUUAAUCGCCUGGAAAGGAUUGCUCGUUGCAUUAAUUCACCCAUCUUGUCCUCUGACGUCACAUUUAACCAGGAGCUAAAACAUUGUACUGAGCUUUAUUUUGAGAAGUUCGUAGAGGAGCAUACUAUUGUUGGUGAAGGUGGAAAAAAACCAUCUAAGACUUUGAUGUUUGUGGUGGGAAGUCCGACACGACUUGGUUGUACAAUUCUGCUGAAGGGUUCUCAUGCUGAAGAAUUGAAGAAAGUGAAGUGUGUUGUACAAUGUGCUGUUGUAAUGGCUUAUCAUUUCCUCCUGGAAACUUCCUUUCUUUUGGAUCAGAAUUCUAUGUUCUCCACUAUUGCCUCUGGAAAAGCUGCUGACAACUCCCCAGCUUAUGAGGGCGAUUCUUCAGCAGAUGGAGUACAGAUCUCAAGCGGGGAUGACUGGGAGUCUUCUUAUGUGCAAAAACCCACUGCCGAAGAUGUACUGGUUUCUAAUGAGCUUCAAGAGGAAGAGUCAUGUCAUGUUAAGGAGUUUACUGCCGAAGAUGCUGAGAUAACUUCUCUCAAUGGAUUUCAUGACAAAGUUCCCCACAAUAUGCAGUUGGAAGCUGAUGGUUCAUAUACUCUUUCUGUUGCAUCAAGAUCAUUCUCUCAUGCGAUGGAGAAAGUUUCAACCCUUUCCCCAGCUACCUAUGAACACAUGUCUACGUUCACUGACUUAAUUGGGAGGGAACCUGAAGCUCAGACUGCAGUCUCGAUUCCUGUUUCAUCUACUGAAGAGCCUUCUGAGCGUUGUGACAUAGAGACAAAGAACGAAGGCAAAGAAGACAAGUCUCUGGAUAAUGAUUCAGAGCAAAAGGACAACUCCUCUGUAGCUGAUGGGGAAGCAAAAGGACCAACAGAUGAUGGUGCAGAGAGCAUCAGUGCAAAGGAUGAAAUCAAUAGUGUAUUGGAUUCUGAGAGCAUAUUGGUUUUGAAGACUAGCCGAAAUGCUUUAAAAGGGACUAUAUGCGAGCAAAGCCAUUUUUCUCAUAUCAAAUUCUACAGAAAUUUUGAUGCUCCUCUUGGGAAGUUCUUGCGUGAUAAUCUUUUCAACCAGGCUUUUAAAUGUGAGGCAUGCACUCAACGUCCUGAAGCUCAUAUCUACUAUUAUGCUCAUCACAGCAAGCAGCUUACUAUACGAGUCAAACAACUUGGUGAUAAGCAUUUGCCUAGAAAAACUGAAGAGAAACUAUGGAUGUGGAGUCGUUGUAGUAAAUGUGAGCCUGAUGAGGAGAAGGCAACGAAAAGAGUAUUAAUAUCAGACGCUGCACGUUGCUUAUCAUUUGGCAAGUUUUUGGAGCUUAGCUUUUCAAGUCAUUCUUCAUUUAACAGGCUUGCUAGCUGUGGACAUUGCUUUCAGAAGGACUUCCUCUACUUUUUUGGACUGGGUUCCAUGGUUGCUAUGUUUCAGUACUCCCGUGUUGCAAUAUAUUCCGUUUCUGUGCCAGCCCAGAAGAUGAAAUUCAAUAGUUCAAUUGACAGGGACUGGCUCCGCCCUGAAAUUAGCAAGGUCUACACUACAGGAUUAUUACUUUUUAAAGAACUUGAGAAUCACUUGAACAACUUAGAAUCUCGCUUUUCUGGCUGGAACCUGGUUCUAAAUGGAUAUUCAAAAGGGUUUGCUGACAUUGUAGACAUAUUAAAGUUGGAAAGAUCUGAAUUUGAAGAGAACUUUAAGGAUACCAAUGAAGAUACACAUGACUCUGUCUACAAACUUGUGAGCUUGAACCGGCUACGUUGGGAAAUUCUGUUAGAAGCAUGUGUUUGGGAUCGGCGGUUGCAGUCUUUACUUUCUUCUUCCCAGUCUAUUGUGACUGACAUAAAUGAAGUGGCGCAAAGGAAAACGGGUUUGAAGGAGGAUGGCAGUCCUCGAGAAGUAGCUGAAGAGUCUAAGACAGCUGCUGAAACUGUGAAAAUGGUAUUAGAAGAGCACAGAUCUGGAAGUGAGUGUGAAGCCACACGAAAGCUUGAUGAUCAAGCAAUGCAAGGGGAAGUGGAAGUGGAUUCAGAAAAAGAGCAUAAUGAUGGGACAGUUGAAGCUACUACUAAAGUGGUGGAGAGACAAACGGAGUUAAACAAUGGGUGUGCUUCAGAAGUUGGAGUGCAAAGAGCUGAAAAUAGUCACCUCGAUGUAAAGAUUGAGGGUAUAGAAUAUAUUUCACAUGGUGAUGACAAGACUUCUGAUAACUGUAAUGAUGUAGAGGUCGAAAUUGAGAUGGUUGCAGAAGCAGAAAAUAUGUCAGUUAAGGAGCCUUCAAGUGAAGGAGGACUUGUAGAGCAAAACUUGAAAACCUUUCCCAUUGUCUCAUGUAUUUCAUUAUCUCAAGAGUCAAACGGAAGCACAAAUCUUCCUUCUGAUCUUCAUCCUAAUGAUGGGAGUACUCAACAGGACACUGUUUCUCCGCCUGACCAUUUUUCGGAAGAUAGAAGCAUAUUUAUUGAAUCAGAAAAGGAAAAUAGUAGUCUCUCUGAUGAUACAGAGGCGUCUGAAACCCUAAAUUCUCCUCUUCUGAAAUUAGACUCCCCGUGGUGGAAUCCAUUUGGACAAACUCGAGUGGAGUGCAUGGAGGAUCUUCUAGAAGGUCGCCCGUCUAGAUUUGGUCACUUACCCAAAUUUGAACUGCUUCACUCUCCUGACUUCUUGCCAACAGUAUCACAAGUGAUAAUUGAAGAGGGUUCAAGGAUUCACAUGCCUCUCAGAGAUGGUGACCUAAUUAAUAUUGUGUCUGAUUUUGAUGGUGAAAUCUCAAGCUGUGUUGCUUGUGCGUUGGCUGCCAUUGAGGUUUCAGCCCCUCCGGCAUCAAAUAGUGAUGAAAGUGCUUCCCUUAAACGUGCUAUAUCAGAGCCUUGGCCUUUGAGCAGUUUUCAUGAUCCAGACUUAAUUCAUUCUUCACCAAGCAUGACUUUUACGGAAUCUCAUCUUUCCAGCCUUGAUGGCUUGAAUCGCUUUGACUCUCUGGUUUCUUAUAGGCGAGUGUACAAUGAAGUUACUCUAGGCAUUGAUAAAUAUCCUAUGAAGGGAAAAUAUUCAGUAAUUAUCAUACAUCCCAAUGAAUUCCGCAGUCUUCGAGACAGAUGCUGUCCAUCGGAAAGUGAUUACAUUGCAUCCCUUAGUCGCUGUAAGAUCUGGGAUGCCAAAGGUGGGAAGAGCAAGUCUAUUUUUGCCAAAACACUUGAUGACAGGCUUAUUGUGAAGGAAAUUAAAAAGACUGAAUUUGAUUCUUUCAUGAAGUUUGCCUCUGCCUAUUUCCAGCACAUGAAGGAAUCUGUUUACUCUGGGAAUCAAACUUGCCUUGCAAAAAUUCUGGGAAUCUAUCAGGUUACUAUUAGAAAUCCCAAGAGCGGGAAAGAGACAAAACAUGAUCUCAUGGUUCAGGAGAACCUUUCUUUUGGCAGGAAUAUGAUUCGCCAGUAUGAUUUAAAGGGUGCAUUGCAUGCUCGUUUCACCGCAACUGCUGAUGGUGCAGGGGAAGUUCUUUUGGACCAAAACUUUGUCAACGACAUGAAUUCAUCUCCUUUAUAUGUUGGUCAGAAAGCUAAGAGACUCCUACAACGAGCUGUCUGGAAUGACACAACAUUUCUCAAUAAUAUCGAAGUCAUGGAUUAUUCUUUACUGGUAGGGGUUGAUAGGAAAAGUCGGGAGCUGGUAUGCGGGAUUAUAGAUUAUCUAAGACAGUACACCUGGGAUAAACAACUUGAGACCUGGGUAAAAUCAUCCCUUGUUCCCAAAAAUGUUUUACCAACUAUUAUCUCACCACAUGAGUAUAAGAAGAGGUUCAGAAAGUUCAUGGAUACUCAUUUCCUGACAGUUCCAGAUCACUGGUGUUCUCACAGAUCUUCCAACCCUUGCAAACUUUGUGGUGUCAAAGUUCAUGAUUCUUCUGUUAUAAAGUCAGAAAAACCCGAGGAGGAACUAAAUGGUGUUCAAACCCAUGAUUAGUUCAACGUUCUCUUACUCAUUCGCGGCUAUAUUUUUCUCUUUUUUGCUUCAUUGCCUUCUGUUACAGUAAAAAAAAAAAAUUGAUACUGUACAUAGAUUGUUACUGCUGCUGCUGCACAUAACAACUGGUUAUAUUGCGAUUAUUUAGCAGAUAACUGGGUAUAUACAUCGUAUUAGGUUAGGCCUCCCCUGUGUGCAGGUUGAGCUAUAUACACAAAAAAGAAUUUGUAAAUUCUGUAGUAAACUGCAUUAGUGAUGAUGACAAAGCAUAUAUUUGGAGCUUUGAUAAUGCUGAAGGUGAAAACUUAUUAUACACUGUUACUUUUUUGUUUCUGUAACAAUUGAAUGUUGAACAUUGAUUUCCCGAUGACCAAUUUUUGAGAAGAUUGUUCCUGUCUUGAUUA